AUUGAGGUCAAAGGUUAGAGGUCAUUCUUUCCUUUACUCCUACUCGCGUAUUUUCUCCAAUAAUAAUCUCCGAAGUUUCCCUCCCGGUUAACGCACUAAUUUCGGUAGAAAAUGGACUUAAAAGACUUGUUUCGGCAAGCCGAGCAAGAAUUUGCCAGUCAGAAUUUCGAAACAGCCGAGAAACUGUACACGGAGUUCAUUGGUGGCUGUGGAAGACCGAAGGGGGAGGGGGGCGAAGUGAAAGACAUCGACCCAGAAAGAACAUCAGAUCUUGUGACAGCGUACAACAACCGCGGGCAGAUCAAGUACUUGAGAGUGGACUUUGACGAGGCCGUGGAAGACUACACUACAGCGAUAGGGGUGGCCCCAGAUGUUGCAGUGCCGUACUACAACAGAGGACAGAUUCAUUAUAGAUUAGGUCGUUUUGAUGCUGCCAUUGCUGACUUUACCAAGGCCCUCGAGCUCCAGCCUGACUUCCCUGAUGCACACAUCAACAGGGAACAAACUCUGAGUGAUAAACAGAAACGAGACCAGGGAUUCAAUACAAGUGACUGGAAAUCUGAGGGGAGCUAGGACAUGUACACUUACAUAUGACAGUGUCAGUAUAGAAAAGUUACCCAACUGGUUACGAAGAGUACAGACUAUAAAUGAGUGACUGAAUGAAUGAAUUCAUAGAUGACUGAAUGAAUCGGUAUUGAUUGAUAAAUUAAUUCAGGUAUUUUUUAUAUCACUUCUUUUGAAACGGACUAAAAAUGAGGAUAACAUGUUGGUAGAUAAUACUACAAGGUUUGUAUUGUUGAAAAAUUUUAUAUUCCGUAAUAGUGGCAGACACAAAAGGCAAUGGACAGCAGGUCUUUUUGUAGGGUCAGUCAGGUUACAAGAAACACAAAAAAACAGGCCUUCUGGUAAGUGUAUAAAGGCAAAGAAACACAGGAAUCUUAGUAGGUGUCUAGUACAUUUUAUACUACUAGAAUGAACAGUCUUCUUGCCUUGCUGGAUUAUCUGACAAUCGUAUUUGAUACUAUCUAAAUUAUGGCACUAUGCAAUAAACAUUGUACAAAGGA